UAAAGUCCUCAACGCUAGAGCUUACGCGAAAAUGUCUCCGAUUAUUCUUGUGCACGGAGGAGCUGGAGAUGUGCCCGACGAAAGGGUUCCUGCCAAAAUUUCAGGAGUCAAGGAAUCUGCAAGAAUUGGCUACAGUAUUUUGCAAAAAGGCGGAUCAGCAUUAGACGCUGUUGAGGCGGCUGUCAGAUAUAUGGAAGAUGGGGAAGCUUUCAAUGCAGGUUAUGGUUCUGUCUUAAACUUGGAUGGAGAAGUCGAAAUGGACGCAAGUAUUAUGGUUGGUUCUAAUUUAACCGCUGGGGCUGUUACUGUAGUUAAAGACAUAGCUCAUCCAAUAAGUUUAGCUCGUUUGGUAAUGGAGAAAACGCCUCACUUACUACUAGCUGGCGCGGGAGCAAAUCGUUUCGCCAAAGAGCAAGGAGUUCCAAGUGUUCCUCCAGGCAGUUUGGUUACGAAAUAUGCACAGAAAGCUCUUGAGGAAUUUAAGAGAAAAGGUGGUGAUGAUAGGACAGAAAUAGGCCAUAACAAUCCUGGUGAUGUGGGUACCGUUGGCGCCGUUGCUAUAGAUUCAAAAGGAAAUCUCGCUGCAGCUACAUCCACCGGUGGUAUAAACGGAAAAAUGGUUGGCAGAAGCAGUGACACUUGCAUGAUUGGCAGUGGAACUUACGCAGAUGACAAUACUGCCGCUAUAUCCACUACAGGACAUGGAGAGACAAUAGCAAAAUAUUGUUUGGCUCAUGCUAUUGCAAAGGAAAUUGAACAUGGAAAAUCGGCUCAAAAUGCCACUACGGAUGUUUUAGAAAAGAUGACCGAAAGACUGAAGAACACAGCAGGAGCUAUAACAAUUUCUAAAGAAGGGGACUUGGGGAUAUAUUUUACAAGUAAAAGAAUGGCUUGGGCAUAUCAGAAAGAAGAUAAUCUUCAUUAUGGAAUAGAACGCAAUCAAGAUACUACCGAAAUUAUAAAAAAUUCUUCUUAACAGUUGUAUGUAAUUAUCAGCUACAGUAAUGCAGCUGUUACAUGUAAAUAUGAUAUAAAUACUAUAAUAAAUGAAAUAUGGAAUAUUA